UAAAAGCUGCGGGUGAGGAGGAGCUGCGCAGAGUAGCAAGGAGGUACACGGAGAAACGUUCUUCCUCUGUUGAAGUCCAGUGAAAAGAAGGGAAGACGCAGCAGAAAGAGAGAUGGCAGCCCAGACUCAGCAACCUCACCUGCACCUGGCCGAGCUCACUGCAGCCCAGUUCAUCGACAUCUGGAAACAUUUUGAUGCAGACGGAAAUGGUUACAUCGAAGGGAAGGAGCUGGAAAACUUUAUCAGAGAGUUGGAGACUGCCAGACGAGGAGCAGGCGUGGAUCCCUCACAUGCCGCAAUCAAGGAAAAGAUGCAGGAGUUCAUGGCCAGUUUCGACAAGAAUUCUGACGGGAGGAUUGAGAUGGCAGAGUUGGCUCAGCUUCUGCCCACAGAAGAAAACUUCCUGCUUUGUUUCAGAGAAUUUGUGGGAUCCAGUACUGAGUUCAUGGCGGCCUGGCGGAGGUAUGACACUGACCGCAGUGGAUACAUAGAGUCAAAUGAACUGAAGGGUUUCCUGACAGACCUGCUGAAGAAAGCUAACAGAAGCUACGAUGACAAGAAGCUCCACGAGUACACACAGACUAUUCUAACGAUGUUUGAUCUGAACGGCGAUGGGAAACUGGGUCUCUCUGAGAUGGCGAGACUCCUACCAGUACAGGAAAACUUUUUGCUGAAGUUUCAGGGCAUCAGGCUCACCGUGAAGGAAUUUGACUCACUCUUCACACUUUAUGAUCAGGAUGGUAAUGGCUACAUCGACGAGCAGGAGCUGGAUACUUUGCUGAAGGACCUCUGUGACAAGAACAAAAUGGAUGUGGACGUAACAGGACUGUCAGGCUAUAAGAAGAGCAUCAUGGCCCUGUCAGACGGAGGGAAACUAUUUCGCACCGAGCUGGAGAUUGUCCUCUGUCGGGACUCCACGCUGUGAGACUCCCGCCUGUCCCCGACCCCACUGCCUCCUUCCUACCUCCUGUGCAUGUAUGACCUUUAACCCUGCUUACACUGGUAGAGAGAAAACAAAAAGUGCUCCUAAAAGCACACAGUGAACUGCUGGCCCUGAUAUUUAAGCUUUUUUUAACGUAACAUGAAGCUCCAUAGUGAAAUAGCCCUAGCAAUCAAAUAUAUUGUGUACUUGUUCAUUUUUUAUUUCCCAUUUUUAAAUGCAUUUGCAGUUUUACAUUAAUCCACAUGUGUCAGGGCUGAGACACUGCGAGUUUUCUCUCCAACCAGUUUCCCCAGCAGGUGAUUUAAUUGAUGAGCUCCUUCCCUAAAAUUGAAGGAGGUAUUGAUCAUUUAAAUUACCUGCUUAAGUGACCGGCUGGAAAGAAAACCUGCGGUGUCUCGUACCUCCGUGGCACGAGUUUGACACCCCUGCAUUAAUGCAUCUACGCCCCACCCUGCCUCACUUAAUACUUUUGUUCAUGUAUUCUAUUUAUUUUACUUUAAUUCAUUGCAGUCUUGUUUAUUUCAUGAGGCUUGUACUGUUCUAUUAAAUAUAUUACAGAGAGAAUGAAUAAAUAUAACAUAACAGA